CUGCGGCUCGCUGAACUACAUUUCCCAGCAGGCAUCGGGGCCGCGCGGGGCAACUUCCGCCUGGGAAGAUGGCGGCUUCCUGGCGACUCGGCGGCUGAUUUGGAGCGGGUGUUUAGGCUAAGAGAGGACCCGGCGUCGCCCGGCUUUCCGAGAGCCAUGGAGGUGGCCGAGCCGCACAGCCCGACCGAGGAGGAGGAGGAGGAGGAGGAGGAAGAGGAGGAGGAGGAGGAGGGGCAGGCGGCCGACCCCCGGCCCCGGACGCGCUCCAACCCCGAGGGCGCCGAGGACCGGGCUCUCGGGGCGCAGGCGAGCGUGGGCAGCCGCAGCGAGGGCGAGGGCGAGGCGGCCAGCGCCGAGGACGGCGCCGCCCACGCCGCCGGGGCCGGCCCGAAGCCGUGGCAGGUGCCGCCGCCGGCUCCGGAGCUGCAGAUCCGCACGCCGCGGGUCAACUGCCCCGAGAGGGUGAUCAUCUGUCUGGACCUGGCCGAGGAGAUGGCGCUGCCGAACUUGGAGUCGUUCAACGGCUCCAAGACCAACGCCCUGAACGUGUCCCAGAAGAUGAUCGAAAUGUUCGUGCGCACCAAGCACAAGAUCGACAAGAGGCACGAGUUCGCGCUCGUCGUGGUCAACGACGACACGGCCUGGCUGUCCGGCCUGACUUCCGACCCUCGCGAGCUGUGCAGCUGCCUGUACGACCUGGAGGCGGCGCCCUGCUCCACCUUCAACCUGGACGCGCUCUUCAGCCUCAUCCAGCAGAAGACGGAGCUGCCGGUCACGGAGAACGUGCAGACAAUCCCACCGCCGUACGUGGUGCGCGCCAUCCUGGUGUACAGCCGGCCGCCGCGCCAGCCGCAGUUCGCGCUGUCAGAGCCCAUGAAGAAGAUGUUCCAGUGCCCGUAUUUCUUCUUCGACGUCGUCUACAUCCACAACGGUGGGGAGGAGAAGGCCGAGGAGGCCAGCUGGCAGGACAUGUUCACCUUCAUGGGCAGCCUGGACACCAAGGGCACCAGCUACAAGUACGAGGUGGCGCUGGCCGGGCCGGCCCUGGAGCUGCACAACUGCAUGGCCAAGCUGCUGGCCCACCCCCUGCAGCGGCCCUGCCAGAGCCACGCCUCCUACAGCCUGCUGGAGGAGGAGGAGGCGGCCGUGUGACCCGGGAGCACCCCGAAACCGGCCCCGACCCCCCGCCCCGCCCCGUGUCUCCCGGAUGGAACCCCCCGGGGGGUGUGCCUUUGUUGUUAUUUUUUCUGGUCUUUAAAAUAAAAGCGGGAAUCCCUCAAUCCA